AUGAACUUCAAGUCGGGACCAAAUCUACAUUCCAUCAGCCCUCCAUCCACUCCCAAAUCAAAGCUAAUAGCUCUGCGCACCUCUUCGCCCCAUCCCUCAGAACCAGAGAGCGGCGAAGGCGAGAGCGAUAGCGGCGCAGAGCAACCCCACAUCACCCCAACUGCCGUCAACGUACACAGAAAGGAGAGCCUGUUUGGUGAACUCUUGAACAGAAGACAUACCCAGAGAGUCAAGGGCAAAAGGAGAGAAAAAGUCAAAAUGGUGGGACAUCACUUGCACUCCGCUUUCAGGAGUUGGUUCAAAGACGUGAGUACUCGCCUUACUUUGGGUCGCUUAGCGCCGAAGAUGGUGUGGCUGCUCGAGUUCGACUGAGCGAGCUACGGAUAAGCAUUCAUUUGCGCACGCCAGAGCUCAAGGUCUGAAUGUGGCUGAUCAUCUGCACUCCGAUCUUCUCUUUUAUUUUGCAAUGACAGACGGAGGACGACGGAUCUCCGCUGCUUCCUGGAGCCCUCUCGAAAAAGUACAACGUCUUGCCACACGUACUUGGCCAAGGCAGCUUUGCGGUGGUCAAGUCGUGCGUCGAAAAGUCGACAGGGACUGAACGAGCACUCAAAAUCAUUGCCAAAAAGCCCCUGAAGGAAAAUAGCGAAAAGAUGCUUCAGGAGGAGAUCCACAUCUUGGGCAAGGUAGAGCAUCCUCACGUGUGAGUGGCCGAUUCGCGCCUGGGCUGAUCUACAUUGGGUUGCGAGCUGACCUCUAAGAGAGACCGCCCCGCAUGUUGUUGCAGCAUCAAAAUGUGGGAUCUGUACGAAACAAAGGAAGGCGUCUUCAUCGUGACUGACUUGUGCCGAGGUGGAGAGCUGUUUGAUAGGCUUGUGGAAAAGGUCUUCUACAACGAGCUGGAUGCUAGGCAUAUCGUCAGGCAGAUCUUCGAAGGUGUUGCCUACCUGCACAAACAAGACAUCAUCCAUCGCGACCUCAAGCCGGAGAACAUCCUGCUACGGGAGAAGAAGGAACCAAGCGAUAUUGUCAUCUCGGACUUUGGCUUGAGCAAGUUUAUUCCGGACGAAGGUCUGCUGAUGACUGCAUGUGGAAGCCCGCAGUACGUUGCGCCAGAGGUCCUGCUUGGAAAGGGAUAUGGACCCCCAGUCGACAUUUGGUCUGCUGGAGUCAUCGCUUAUUGUCUCCUGGCAGGAUACACGCCCUUCUAUGGCGAGGAUCAGCCGACGCUGUUUCAGCAGAUCAUCGGGAUGAAGGUCGAAUUUGAGCCGAAGUACUGGGGCGAAGUUUCAGACUCGGCCAAAGAAUUCGUCCUGAAGUGUCUGUGCCCCGCCGAAAAGCGUUUCACACCAGAACAAGCCCUCAAGCACCCGUGGCUUGCGGAUCUCCCAGACUUGCACGAGGAUACUCCUCACGAACACAGGGGCUGCUGCCUCAAGGAAAGCGCGAAGCGCAACUUGACAGCCAAGGAAAAGUUUGGCAGAGCAGUGACGGCGGUAGAGACAGUGUCGUACUUGCAGAAACUUCAUCAUCUUCGCCAGCAACACUCAAAGGACAUUCCAGAGGAGAAGCUGCACUCUUUGAUCAAGGUAGCGACGAACAUCAGCUUGCACAAGCGUGGUGACUCACUGCUUCAUUCUCCUACUCACGAAGGAGCAGCUGCGGAUCGCGACGUGUCGACUGCAACCUUGACGCCCUCCUCUUCGGUUGUGCCUACUCCCGAGGGCUCCCAAAUUCAGAUGGCAGACCCCGAGGAAAUCGCGUCCAAGAGUACUGCCGCCAAAGGUGCUGGUCGCGAUGCCCCCUUCUGCAUCGCAGGUGGCACUGCGCCGACAUCUCGGCGGGGUGGUACAGCAGCUGUUGCCGCAGCUGCAGAAGCCACCGCCCACGGUGAGAACCCUGCUGGUAAUUCCGAGGGUCACCCAAUCGCAGAUGAUGGCGCGAAAUCCGGUCAGUCAAGUCCUGCGCGCUCCACGUCCGGACUGUCAGACCAAACGAUGACGCCCGGCAGAAGGGCGGCGAGCAAGAAGCCAGAGAAGAAAGACGCAACGUUGGACACACUUCUGGAUCAGUACAAGUCGGCUCAAUUGCCAUCAUCGGCGCGCGUCGAUCCCACUGCUGAGAUGCAAGAAAAGCCAGAAAUGACGAUCAGCAAAGUCUGGCAGUACAUUCCCUUCUUUAUCAAUCAAGGCAUCUCCAUCACCUCGGCCAUUGCUUCUCAUGCGGUAUACGGACCACCAAAGAAGUCUUGGGGUAUCGAAAUGAGCGUGUUCACCAGAAUCAUGCGUGACUCAGCACAGUAUACCCAGUUCGCAACGAUCGCUGGCAUGCAGUCGUUCUUUGAGCUCAGCUCCUUCUUGCCGGUGCCCAAGGACGGAUUGAUUACGCCUGUCUCUUUCAGAGUCAAGAAACGCAAUCUGAGGGGUCUACUGGCCGAGGUGGAUGCUCAGGAAGAUGGAAAGCGCGAAUUGACCGGCGAAUGGGUGGUUGGCAAACAGACCUGGCGAAGGCUUCAAUCGGAUUGGAGGUCCGGCAAAUCUAGGGAAAAAGAACGCGUGAUCCUGUACAUUCACGGAGGCGCCUAUUUCAUCAUGUCCGCAGUCACCCAUCGACCUUUGACGAUCGCCCUGUCCAAGUACACGGAGUGCAGAAUCUUUGGCAUCAACUACCGGCUCGCGCCCGACUGCAAAUUUCCUGGACCCCUUCAUGAUGUUGUUUCGUCUUGGUUCCGCUUAACCGAAGACCUUGGCAUCCCACCGAGCAACAUUGUGAUCGGUGCUGACUCUGCAGGUGGAGGGCUCGCCUUUGCACUCAUGUACUACCUCAGGGACAAUGGCUACGACCUGCCUUCUGGGGCCAUCCUCUUCAGCCCUUGGGUCGACCUCACCAUGUCCUGCGACUCGUGGGAGACUAAUUCGGCCUUUGACUAUUUGCCUAUGCCUGUCAGCGGCAACCACAUGAAUCCAGUCGCUGCUUACUUGGGUGACAACAUCGAAAAGUACAUCACCCAUCCAUAUGCAAGUCGUGAGUUGCCCCCAAUAGAUCGGUCUUGCACGUCUUACUGACAAGCGUAUGCCCUCGCCACAGCGCUUUUCGGCGACAUGCGGGGCUUGCCUCCCUUGCUUAUUCAGUGCGGCGAUGCCGAGGUACUUCGAGACGAAGGGACCUUGCUCGCACACAAGGCAAGCAAGUCGGGAGUGGCAGUUAGACAUGAGCUGUACGAAGACUGCGUGCACGUCUUUCAGGCUUUCCUCUUCCUCGACGCUUCUCGCAAAGCGCUGCAGUCCGCUAGGCACUUUGUGCGCACAGCGCUGGACAAGCGAGACAAGCGCAAGUCUAUCCAGCGUGACACUAGCCGGCAGACUGUGGAUUCCGAAAUGAGAGCAGGCAUGGUCAACGAACGCGGCGAGUCUGUAGAGCCUCGCACGGGCGAGAAGGCUGGCUCGUACAAGGUCGAGAGGGGGACAGAGUCGGACAGCGAGACUGCCGGACAGCAAGGACAAAGAGAGCGCUCAGGUCGGACAAAGGAAGAGGAAGCCGAGUGGGCAGAAUUUGACGAGGCUGCACGGAGGGCCGCUUCUGCGGCUCAGCCCGCCAACGUCGCAAAGAAAGCUCUUGGAGUCGAGGCUGAAGCACAGCGAGCACAGUCCGACGCGGCAGGGCCCGCCAAUGGCAGCAGAUCGGCUGACAUGCAGCGCAGCCAAAGUGAUCGAACUGGACACUCUGCCAAGUCCAACACCAGCAAUGGAUCAGGGCAUAGUCACAGUCGCAGCACCGGUCAUGGACAAGCCACAUCUGCCCAGAGCUCGCAUACGACCAGCAACGCCCCGCGUCACAGCGACAAGCAUCGACGAAAUUUGUCCAACAGCUUGCAGAGCAUGUCGCUCACCGCAGCUCGGGACAGGGCCGAAGCGGGCAUGCGGUAUCAACAAUCGGCAGGCGCACCAGCUUUGGGCAAUUUCCACGAUCCUUUGCCCAGCGCUGCCCAUCCGAGGAUGAGAAGGACGGCGAGCAACGUGGCGAUUGACGAUAUCGUGCAGAGCUUUGAGAACGAUCCUUCUUCCCUUCGCACUAGAGUCUUUACCCCUGAUGAUCGAUAG